CGUCAUCUUGCUGCGCAGAACGAGCGGUUGUUGACAGGCCGCAGAGGUGGCCGUAGGUCAUCCGCGGGGAUCCUAUCAUGCCUGACAGGGCGAGCUGUCCUGGGCCGAGGCCUUUGGGCUGGGGAUGAAAGAAACGGAUCAGAUGCAGAGUUUGGAGGGCUCCGGGGCCGAGAGGUCAGUCGGCACGCAGACGGGCAGCAUGACGGGUCAAAUACCAAGGCUUUCUAAAGUGAACCUUUUCACUCUGCUCAGUCUCUGGAUGGAACUCUUCCCAAGAGUGGAAGCCCAAGGGCAAAAAUCUCAGAAAACUGAAGAGGAAAACCGUGGUCCCUUAGGAGAUAAUGAAGAGUUGACCAGAGUGUCUGCUGAAAAAAAACAGGUGAAGAAAACUGGUCUUGUGGUGGUGAAGAACAUGAAGAUCAUUGGUCUUCACUGUUCCAGUGAAGACUUACAUACUGGGCAAAUUGCUCUUAUUAAGCAUGGGUCCAGGCUGAAAAACUGUGAUCUUUAUUUUUCAAGAAAACCAUGUUCUGCUUGUUUGAAAAUGAUAGUGAAUGCUGGAGUUAACCGAAUUUCUUACUGGCCUUCUGACCCAGAAAUAAGUUUGCUCACUGAGGCUUCUAGUUCUGAAGAUGCCAAGCUAGAUGCCAAAGCAGCAGAAAGACUGAAGUCAAACAGCCGGGCCCACGUGUGCGUCUUACUCCAGCCGCUGGUGUGUUACAUGGUGCAGUUUGUGGAGGAAACCUCUUACAAAUGUGACUUUAUUCAAAAAACUGCAAAAGCAUUGCCGGGUGCUGACACUGAUUUUUAUUCUGAAUGUAAACAAGAAAGAAUAAAAGAGUAUGAAAUGUUAUUUUUGGUUUCAAAUGAAGAAAUGCAUAAGCAGAUACUGAUGACUAUAGGUCUGGAGAACCUGUGUGAAAACCCCUAUUUUAGCAAUCUAAGGCAAAACAUGAAAGACCUGAUUCUGCUUUUGGCCACAGUAGCUUCUAGUGUGCCCAACUUGAAACACUUCGGAUUCUACUGUAGCAGCCCAGAACAGAUUAAUGAAAUUCACAAUCAGAGUUUGCCACAGGAAGUUGCAAGGCAUUGCAUGGUGCAGGCCAGGUUAUUGGCAUAUCGAACUGAGGAUCAUAAAACAGGAGUUGGAGCUGUCAUUUGGGCAGAAGCGAAAUCUAGAAGCUGCGAUGGGACUGGAGCCAUGUACUUCAUAGGAUGUGGGUACAAUGCCUUUCCCGUGGGCUCUGAGUAUGCUGACUUCCCACACAUGGACGACAAGCAUAAGGACAGAGAAAUACGGAAGUUCAGGUACAUCAUACAUGCAGAGCAGAACGCUUUGACAUUUAGAUGUCAAGAUAUAAAACCAGAAGAACGCAGCAUGAUUUUUGUGACAAAAUGCCCUUGUGAUGAAUGUGUGCCUUUAAUUAAAGGUGCAGGCAUAAAGCAGAUCUAUGCUGGUGAUGUAGAUGUUGGAAAAAAGAAAGCAGACAUCUCUUACAUGAAGUUUGGGGAGCUUGAGGGUGUUCGCAAAUUCACAUGGCAGCUGAACCCGUCUGAAGCUUACAGUCUUGACCCAAAUGAGCCUGAAAGGAGAGGAAGUUUCUUCUUUGUGACCUGAAUGGUUCUACUUUAGGAUCAGCCACAACCGCUUGAUUUUGACACACUUUGGGGCACGUUCAAUGAAACACUGGCUCUUAGCAUCCCUGGUACUGGAGGUGAGGGACUGGAUAAGGCACUUGCCACCAAGCCUGACAGUCUGAGCUCAAUCCCCAGAACCCACCAGACGGAAGGAUGGAUGAAUGGACGGAAGGACAGACGGACACAGAGGCAGAGGAAGAAUUUAUCAAGAGAUUAUUGGUUCCAGCAGUAGCGACCACAUGCACUGAAUUGAGCGAAUUGUUUUACAAGAGGAAAAGACAAUGCACUUGGUCUAACCUGGGGUCUGGGUGACUCAGGGCCGGUCACAGGGGAGGUGGAAUGGACCAGGGUUUUGCAGGGUUCUGGCUUCUCUGUGGCCCAGCAGAUUCCUUGUUGAGCAGCUGGCUACUGUUGAAGAUGGUGUAGGAAGAGUCCUGGCUUGAGUCAGGAAGACCAUAAAGGGGACACUGCAUGGUGGCUCUCUUCUGCCCCAUCACCCCUGGAACUCUAUCUGCUAUAGGUAUCAUGACAUUUAUUUACUGAAAUUCAAGCACCCAAGUGCCAGGCCCCUAUAGUGAGUUCUCAGCUUGAUAAGUAAUGGAGUCUAAUUGAAAAAGAGA